GUUGGCUUUACAUUUGGUCGGAGAGUGCUGAUUGCAAUAGCAACCGUGUUGGAGAUAGAGACAGUUUGUCUUGGAUGCGUUUGGACACAUUUGUUUUCAGUCAGCAGGAGAAGAAAGCGGGAUAAUUCUCACGGUGUUUCAGAGUGACGAUGGCGACACCGGGCUCCGGUGAUGCCUCUUCGAACCCGAGGCCCGUGGCUGGAGGUCGGGGCUCGAUGCUGAACCUCAGGGCGCCCGGACGCCUGCCCACCAUGCGCUCCAGAGACCUGACGCUGGGAGGUGUGAAGAAGAAAACCUUCACCCCCAACAUCAUCGGCCGAAAGAGUAAAGAAGAACUGAAGGUCAACGAGGGACCCAGGAGGGAGAGGGGGAAUGCGGAUCGUGGCCGACAGAGAGACGGGCGGGGCAGGGGGCGGGGCCGGCCAGAGGUCAUCCAAUCCCACUCCAUCUUUGAGCAGGGACCUGCAGAGAUGAUGGCCAAGAGGAGAGCAGGUGCGUACGAGGACACACGGGACACGCCCAACAGCGCCCCCUGCCCCAUCAUCAACAUUAAGAAGGAGUAUAGAGAGACCGAAGAGGAGACCAAAGAGAUCCUGCGCAAGCUGGAGAGCGACCGUUUUGUGGACGACCCGCAGCUGAGGAACGAAGCACGCUGCUGUCCCGUGCAGCUUCCUCUGGCCGUGUCGGGCUGGGUGUUUAAAGAAGAGGUCGAGGACGACGCCGACGUCGGAGGAGUGAAGGUGGAGAAGUGUGAAGAGGAUGAAAAGAUGAGCACGGAGAGCUCAGGAACUGCUUUUACAGUCAAACAGGAGCCUCCUGACGUCCCUGUGAUGAAGAAGGCGGAGCCCAUGUUUAAGUCGCCGCCCCUUCCUGAACCAGACUUGCUGCCUGACCUGCUGCAGGCGUGGAGUCGCUGCAAAGAGGAGGAGUUUCUAUUCAUGCAGCUCCCCGAUUCGCUGCCGGGACAACCGCCGACCAGCGAUGCCCGGCCCACUAAAACCACCGUGCAGUCCGAGGACGGACAGAACAUGCUGCAGAAGGCUGAAGGACAGCAGGAGGAGGCUGAGGAGGAGAACAGUUGUCAUCUGAGGGAGCUGCAGGAGGGUGUGGUGGGCCGCAUGUUGGUGAGGAAGUCAGGAAGAGUGCAGCUCGUGUUGGGGGACAUCACACUGGACGUGUCUCUGGGGACGUCCUGCUCCUUCCUUCAGGAGUUGGUGUCGGUGAGCACAGAGGGCAGGAGAGGGGACAUGACCGUACUCGGCCAUGUUGAACACAAACUCGUCUGUUCACCUGACUUCGAGGCUCUCCUUCAAAACAGAGCUUGAGGUGUGUGUGUGUGUGUGUGUAUAAAACACUGUACAAUCUAUAUAUAAGAAAACAUUUACACUAAUUUAAAUCAAAUAAGGCUGAGCGUCUGCAAUGUGAUUAAAGUAUACAUUUAUUUA